UCACCCCCCCCCCCAAUGCCACAGGAGUGGUGGGGUCUCCCCAUCUUGCAGAGGAGGAAGAGGGAGUGCGGGAGCCCCGCUUCUGCUCCCUGCAAGUGUGAACACAGGCAGCUUAGCCUCUCGGCCCCAUUUCCUCAUCCGGAAGUGGAGGUGGUGACUGUGCGUGCCUCUCAGGGCUGCCGGGUAAGCGUGCUCAGUGGAGGACACAGGAAGAGCACUCAGCACAGCACCUGGCACUUAGGUGGCUGCGCUGCAGCGGCAGAUCUUCGACUUCCUGGGCUACCAGUGGGCCCCCAUCCUGGCCAACUUCCUGCACAUCAUGGCCGUCAUCCUGGGCAUCUUCGGCACCGUGCAGUACCGCUCCCGGUACCUCAUCCUGUACGCGGCCUGGCUGGUGCUCUGGGUGGGCUGGAACGCGUUCAUCAUCUGCUUCUACCUGGAAGUUGGACAGCUGUCGCAGGAGGCUCUAGGUCUAAGGCCAGGUGUGAAGUGGAGUCUGGAAAGGAUACCCCCUGCCCUACUCAGUGUCCCAGGCCCCUCUGCCCCCAGGACCGGGACUUCAUCAUGACCUUCAACACAUCCCUGCACCGCUCCUGGUGGAUGGAGAACGGGCCAGGCUGCCUGGUGACCCCUGUCCUGAACUCCCGCCUGGCCCUGGAGGACCACCACGUCAUCUCUGUCACUGGCUGCCUGCUUGACUAUCCCUACAUCGAAGCGCUCAGCAGUGCACUGCAGAUCUUCCUGGCGCUGUUCGGCUUCGUGUUCGCCUGCUACGUGAGCAAAGUGUUCCUGGAGGAGGAGGACAGCUUUGACUUCAUCGGUGGCUUUGACUCCUAUGGAUACCAGGCGCCGCAGAAGACGUCGCAUUUACAACUGCAGCCUCUGUACACGUCGGGGUAGCUUCCGCCCCGCGCCCACCAGACGCCGCGCCCUUAGCUGCUGGACUGACCACGGCUGCCGCGAGCACCGGCCAACAUGGGCAGGCGCGCCCCCUGGCGGCUCGCGCACCGCCUGCAGCCUGCGCGGUCCCGCCUGGAUCUGCAGCCAGAGGAGUGGACUUGGACUUGGCCCUUCAGUCCCAGUCCCGGACUUACCGGGUGGGGCCGGGAGGGGCGGGGCGGGGGAGGGGGGUCGCCGGGUUUGUAUUUUUUUUAUCUUAGCCUUGGAGCGCGCCGGGGCCUUCCUCCCUUCUCGAACCUUUCCCUUUCACCCUUCACCCAGCAUCUUGCCCCUUGUCCAGAGAGAAACAGCAGGACAGACAGACUCACCCCACCUCACCCACACAUUCACCAACCCUGGGGAAAGCUAGGGGGAACUAGGAGCAGGAGUCCUCGUUUCCAGUCGUAGCUCCAUCACUGACACCUUGAGUGACAUCUAGCAAAGCUCUUGCCCUCUCUGGGUCUUGGUUUCUUCAUCUCCAGUGAUUAAAACUUAGCAGAUGGAC